CAGGUAGUUAGUUUUGUAUUGUAAGUUGUAUGUGUGUCGUGAUUAUCUGUACGUCAAACCAUAAAAUGUGAUCAUUAAUGAAAAUAAGUGCCAAAUAUCCCAAAAAUUUGAAUUAGUAAGAUAAUGCUACAGUAAAACCACCAAAGAUGGAGUGGGCCACCGGGGAUUUGAUAUGGUUCGAUCCGGGAGUGGGACAUUGGCUUCCGGGGGAGAUUUUGGAAUGCCAUCGCAGCGCCAAUGUCAUAACCGUACAGGCCGUCAUCAACGGAAAGCCCCAAACCUUCGCGCUCACGGGCGGCGAGGGGUUCGUGCGUCGGAGGGAGGACUUAGGUAUUCAAGGUGUGGAAGAUAUGACUCAGCUGACUGACUUACACGAGGCGGCGUUAGUUUGGAAUUUAAAGUUGCGUUACGACCGGAACUUGAUUUACACGUACGCGGGAAGUAUCCUAGUUGCGGUAAAUCCAUACAGAAUGUUCGACUCCAGUUAUGGCAUGGAAGCGGCGCAAAGGUACAAGGGAAGGAUGAUCGGCGAACUUCCUCCCCACUUGUUUGCGAUCGGCGCCGCAGCGUAUUCGGCGCUUCCGGCCUCGCAAGUCGUCGUAAUUAGCGGCGAAAGUGGAUCGGGCAAGACCGAAUCGACGAAGCUUGUUAUGCAGUACCUGGCGGCGGUCGCGCCAUCGGCGCCGAGAGGGCAGGCGUUGGUCACCGAGCAGAUUUUGGAGGCGGCGCCCCUACUGGAAGCUUUCGGCAACGCACGAACCGCUCGCAACGACAACAGUUCGCGCUUCGGAAAAUACCUGGAGGUGUAUUUUAAGCAUGGGGCGAUUGUCGGCGCCCGAGUUACUCAGUACUUGCUCGAGAAAUCCCGAAUUGUAACGCAGGCCACCGGCGAACGCAAUUAUCACGUAUUUUACGAACUUUUGGACGGACUGAGCACCGCCGACAAGCAGAAGUACGGUCUCGUAAAGCCCGACAAGUACUUCUAUCUGAACCAGGGAGGGGGCGACUGCUCCCCGGGGCACUCCGGCUCGGGCGCCGACUGGAGCGCGCUCGUACGCGCGAUGCAAGUCUUAGGGGUGGGCGAAGCCGAACUUAUCGGCAUUGUUAAAGUGCUGGCCUCGGUUUUGCACUUGGGAAACGUCUACUUCCACCGAAGGCAGCUGAGGCACGGGCAGGAAGGGGUCGAAAUCGGAUCCGACGUCGAGAUCAAGUGGGCCGCGCAUCUUCUCCAGAUUUCUUCGAACGGCAUGCAGCGGGCGCUGACGUCGCGUAUCACCGAAGCCCGAACUGAAAGGGUGCAUUCUCCCCUAACGAUCGACCAGGCGUUGGACGCACGCGAUGCCUUCGCGAAAGCGCUUUAUUCAGCUCUUUUUAAUUGGUUAGUAACACGAGUCAAUUCAAUAGUACAACGCGGUGGCCUCCACGAUGCCUCGCGAAUAUCCCUUCUUGACAUUUUCGGCUUUGAAAACCUCGCGGAGAACUCCUUCGAGCAGCUGUGCAUCAAUUACGCGUCGGAAUCGCUCCAGCUCCACUUCAACAAGCACGUCUUCAAGCUGGAGCAGCAGGAGUACGCGAGGGAGAAGUUGGAGUGGACAAAUCUCGCGUGGAACGACAACACGCCGGUCAUUCAUCUCUUGGGCAAGAAACCGGUGGGGAUCCUUCAUUUGUUAGACGACGAAAGUAACUUUCCGAAGGCGUCCGAUCACUCGUUCUUGGAGAAGUGUCACUAUAAUCACGCGCUGAACGAGUUUUACUGCAGGCCACGAGUUGGAGGCCGAGAGUUUGCCAUUCGCCACUUCGCGGGGCAAGUGUGGUAUUCCGUGGAAGGUUUCCUAGACAAGAACCGGGACGUUCUAAGGCCUGAGAUUGUCGAGUUGCUGGCGUCGAGCAAGGAACCUUUGGUUAGCGCCAUUGCACGCCCGCUGCUGAACCAGGCGCAAAUGCGUACUCUUCCGAAGGGGGCAAAUGGGCGCUUUGUUACAAUGAAGCCGCGCACACCAACCGUCGCUGCUCGGUUCGGGGAUAGCUUGCAUCAACUCCUCGAGUCGAUGGCUCGAUGUCAGCCGUGGUUUGUUCGCUGUAUUAAACCCAACAACGAUAAAAGCCCCAUGAAGUUUGACAUGCCGGUGGUAAUCGAGCAGCUGCGCUACUCGGGGAUGCUCGAAACGAUUCACAUCAGGCAAGCGGGUUAUCCUGUUAGGAUGAAGUUUCAGGAGUUUGUCGAUCGUUACAGGUACCUACUACCCAUUGGUUUACAACGCGGGGGCCCUUACAGAGAUUUGUGCCGAACAGUUUUAGACCAAAUGCCUCCGACUGGUACAGUAGGUCCUGAUUACCAACUGGGUGCGUCGAGGGUAUUCCUCCGUGAAAGCCUUUUGAGACGUUUGGAGAUGACACGCACUGACCAACUGCGCGGGGCGGCGCUAAUGAUUCAGAAGAACAUUCGCGGAUAUUUGGCGAGGAAGAAUUUCCAAUCCGUGAAACGUAGCGCUAUAGUUUUACAGCGUAAUUGGAAGGGGUAUAGGCAAAGGAAAUUGUACAAGACGUUAAAGACUGGGGUGAUCAAGGCGCAAGCGCUCCACCGAGGCCGAAUGGAGCGGCGGCGUUACGCAGCUCGAAAGGCGGAGCUGAAGAAACGGUUAGAAGCGGAGAGGCAAGCUCAAGAGCGUGCCAAGCAGAAGAUGCUUAGGGAAAAUCAACGUAAUACCAGAGCAGCGGCCGUUCAUCACUUGGAAAUCCCAGCGGAGUUGGCCUUCAUUUUCUCCAAGUUGGAAGAGUACACUCCUCCGCACACCGAGCGCAAUUUAAUCAAAGUAUCCGGCAACGUCCACGGACGUCCGUCCCCGAUCAACUUACCUUCCGACCUCAACCAAUUCGAGUUUAACAAAUUUAGCUCGGUCUACUUCAAGGGGGCCGACUUCGGGUACCGGCGCGAGCCGAUCAGCGCCCCGUUUCUGUCUAAGGCGGCUGCCCGCGACCAAGACUUUCAAGACUCGGUCGCGCUCUUCAAGCUAAUUUUGCGAUGGACGAAUGAUGGUCAGCUGACCGGCGCCAAAGAGCGAGCGCUCGCCGAUUACAUCGUUCACAAGGGUCUCAGUUCUCGAGGCUUGCGUGACGAGCUGCUCGUGCAACUUUGCAAUCAGGCGUACAAAAACGAAAACUCCGACAGGAUUUGGCAGCUCAUGGCUCAUUGUCUGUGCUGCUUCCAACCAAGUCCCCCGCUUAGCAAGUACCUUCUUAAAUAUAUCACCGAUUCGGCCCCACCAAGAUACAAGGAGAGCUUGCAGCGGAUGGUGCUGAGGGGGUUGCAAAAGGUUCCGUAUUCGAGAUCCUUGCCCCCUUCGCUGUUGGAAUGGAGAAGCACGCGCCAGAAGACGAACAUGGCAUUUCCUCUACUGUUUUCGGACAGCACGUCGUCAACAAUUAACGUGGACUCGUGGACAACAUGCGAAGAAGCUGCCGGAAUAGCUUUGAACACUUUGGGCUUGCCCAUGAACGGCUGGACCGUUGUAAUUGACGAUGCUGGCGUUACAACCGACAGCAACGGUUUGGACUACGUGUUUGACUUAGUGUCCGAGCUUGAAAUGUGUCCCUCAUUCCCGAUUCAUAGAUCGCAGCUUCUUAAGGUGGGAGUGCGCCAACACCAUCCCGUCGAGAUUGACCACGCGCCUAGUCCUGUUCGUCCACAGGUACCACCACCGGAACCACCGGCCUCGAGCAAAAUGGCCCAGGAAACCUCGCGCCAUUCCUCGCCACACCACAGCAAUCCGUCACCAACUGAUCACGUCGGUUCCAGAAAAUCAUCGUCUAGUCAAGAGUAUUCCUCUCAGCGGGCUUCGUUGGUGAUCUCCGAGAGCCCGACGCGCAAAUCAUCGCGAGAAGCCUUAUCUCGCACCUCCGCACUUAACGAAAGAUACUUCGACAUUGAAAAGGUCAGAUCGCGAAGCCUAGACAAUCUGCUGAGCGAGCCCGAGCCCAGCACUCCCCUCAUCACCUUGGGUCUCAGCCAGUCGGUACUCAACGACCGGUACCACUCGGUGGAGCAGUUGGCCCCCAUUAAACCUGUGUUAACCAAUAACGCGUACAUGCAAAAGGACGCAAUGGACUUCGAAUACCCGGACAUUUCUAGCAUCGCUACCUCCCAGAAGGAGGGGCCGCGUUACAUCAAGUCGCAGUACGCCGGAAAGAAGGCGCCGCCCGGGUCGCACUCGAGCAGGGCGCAAAUUGAAAGGUCCGAGUUUGCGGUUCGAAGCUCGGCCAUGUCGGAUACCAGUGAGACGCCCAGUUUGGCAAGUCACGUGAGGCGGGUACGGGUACCGAGUCAAGCUUCUGACGUUGAUCAGUUCCUGGACGAGCUGUUCAGUCCGGUUUUGGAUGGGAACUUGGAUGAGCUCAGCGACGCUCGCUCGUUGGCCGCGAGCAUCAAGGGCGGUGGCGAGGUAGAAAACCCAAUUGACGCGUUCGAUCAGUUUCUAAGUCAGUUGAUGGAACCUGUUGGAACAGCUACAGUAGACAUGUCCGAUUCGCAGUUUUUAGUGAGUAAAAUUAAAGGUGGGGGUGAGAGAAGCCGUACAACCAGCCAAGACAGCAGUAUCGUGCUUGAUAAAGAAGUGGAAAGCAUAACGCGUAGUGACGACGCAAAGCAAAACGAUGGAAGCGUUGACGAUUACAUUAGCGACCUAUUUCGCCCAAUCUUCAUUAAUGAUAGCCUAAAAAAUCUAGCCGAAAAACACAACUUGGUGGAUAGCAUCAAGGGUGGUGGUACAGCCCAUCAGCAAUCUAGCACUUCUGGAUAUAACUUCUCAGCGAUCCCCGCGCCCCUUGUCAGCCCACAGCCUAUGAUAAUGCCGGUUCUGGGAACGGGGCAGGACGGAUUCAUGCCGAUGUAUAACAUUCCACCAAACGCCGAUAUCGCAGGAUACCAACAGAACCUGCAGCGGGCGUUUCUUCAGUCCGCCAUGGCUCAAAAUAUUCAGAUUCAGCAACAGCUGCUCGCCCAAAACCAAGCCCUACAACAGUUGCUGACGCAGCAGAGUGUCCCAGAUGGUAAAGCUGUCGACGGCACCGCGGCGAAAAGCUCUCGAAGUCCAGACCGUAAGAGCAGCUUCAAAACCAGCAACAUCAGUCGAAAAAGCAGUUCGCCCAGCAAUAACUCAAUGAUUGACUUGAAGCUACGGAAGCAAAGUGUAGAGUCCACCAUGAGUGUUAGCCGAAGCGGUGUGCCUCCGCCUCCCCCAAUGCCGCCGCCGAUAGACCCGAGCGAUCCGUCCGAAAGUAGACCGUUCAUGGAUCCCUACGGAAGAGCGAAAACUGUUCGCAUUGGGAAAUGGCGAUGGCCACCUCCUAAAGAUGGCAGCAAUCCAGAAGCCGGCGAAGACUUCAUGCAAUUCAAACUGCGGCAGAAUCAAAGAAAAAUCACACCGAACAAGGAACAGAUCUGCGUCGUUAAUGGUUACUCCCAACAAAGUUCCAUCACGGUAGUCCAACAGUCAUCUUCCGAAUGGGAGGAGCUCGAUUUCGAGCCCAUCGUCCGCGAACCCGAGAAAACCACCAAGAGAAGUAGUCGGCGCAGUUUUGAAAUUGGUGUCAAUCGCCCCUCCCCGGGAAGCGUAGGCAAGCUGAAGCUAAGCUCCGAGAUGCGCCAGAGGUUAGAGCAGGUUACAGCAAACCACUCCGUGCGCUCCACCAGCAGCAAAGUUGACCAACCGGCUCGAGUGGUUAAUAAACUUGAGGAUACCAGAAAAAUGAUGCUGGAACAGCAGUUGACGGGUAGAUGGGGCGACUCCGUUGAUAGUUUGCAGAAGAGUAGUUCAUCGAGCCCCGAAACGAAAUCCCCGACAAACUGGCCGGGCUCGAAUUGGCGAUCACCUCCGCCCCCAAUCCCCAUAAGUCCCAGCUCAAUACCGCCAGUACCAUCAGUGCCCGCGCCUCCCCCGCCCGUACGCCCGCAGCAACCCCCGCCCCAACCCGAACCCUUUCGCGAUUCUUUCAUGGCUCAACGUCAAGAACGCGACACGUUCGGAGUCCAUCAGAACCUCGUCGAGCAGAGCAAUUCCAAACGAAAUUCGUUCAGCGCGAACUGGGACAUACAAAGUUCGCUAACCCAAGACACUCAAGACGACGGCGCGAGCAACUGGGCAAAGUUUGACCACGCAAAUCGCAAAGACAGCUGGGAUCAAAGCGAAAUUAUAAAAAUGGAACAGAACGUAACGCGACGAAGCAUGGUCGCGGCAAUGAACGAGCACUGGGACGACGAACCUAAGCCCAAGGCGCAGGCCAAGGACCACGAACCGACGGAAAGGCCCACCUUCAGAACGCACCAAAUGAAUAAGGUCGCAAAAGAACGGGAGAAGAAGCAUUCCGUCUCCACGAUCAACACCGAAAAGACCGAAAAGCUCGAAUCUUCCGACUGGCCGGAGUUUAUGCAACCGAUACAGACGCCUCCACUGUCGAAGUCCCCAGCCGCUCAGCAUCGGCUCGGACAGUCAGCACUCCCCCAAGUUCAAAAUCGUCCCCUGCCACCGGGACCUAACGGUUACGUUGCGUACAAUCGCGUUCCGUGGUCACUGCGUAUACGUAAGGAGGUCUUCUUACCGGGAGAGUCACUGGGACCUCCGGCCGCUUUGCAUUUGGUGUUUUGCCAAAUCGUUUCCGACAUUUACGGAACGACGCCCUGCUUGCGGCUGAGCCAAGAGGAUCGCAGAACCGGCAUGAACAUGCUGUCAGGUUACGGCGUGAAACCGGAAAACUUGAACUCGCCCCAUCGCGCCCACAUCAAGAAGAGCAUCGUCGAGCUCGCGCGAACCUGGCCGCUGUACUUUGCGAGAUUCUUCCCCGUUUCCGGAGCGGCGCAGUUGUCGGACGUGCAGCUGCUCGCCGUCUCCCAUUGGGGAGUGCAUUUGGUGCGGAGGGAAGGCAGUAACCUUCACGUGAUUACUUCGGUCGCGCUGGGAGAUCUGAGGAAGUUUUCAGCGUCCAGGCCAAAUACCGUUUACUUCGAGGGACCUCAGGGGAGGUUCUCGUUGCAUACGUCUCGCGCCCAGCAGAUUUCGGAGAUGGUCAAUAAGUUCUGCGCGGAAAAUCGGAAGGUAGGAUUUUAA